UUCAAUGAAUCUUUGUUUCGUGAACGUCCGUAUUUAGAUUGACCAAAACAAGGAAUUUUAAUAGUUGUGACAUCACAGAGUCACUAACUGAGGCUCUGAGUCAGUCACUGUCAUCAAUCAUUAACUCAAUCUGAAAAUAAUGGAAUUUGACAUGAAAGAAGAAACAAAACUGAAAAACUGGCAGCCACUUGAGGGUCAACUGACAAAGUUCACAAAUGUGAUGAAGGGAUGGCAGCCUCGCUGGUUCCUACUCGACCCAGACUCUGGCAUGCUCGAAUACUUUGAGAAGGAGGAGCACAAGAAGCACCGUCCCAGGGGGUCCAUACAUCUUGCUUCAGCUGUGAUUUCUCCAUCAGAGGAAGACUCUCAGACAUUUUCUGUCAGUGCUGCCAAUGCAGAGGUCUACAAGCUAAGAGCAACAUCGACCCGGGAACGCCAGCAGUGGGUGGAUAGACUAAGACAGACUGCUGAACACCACAGCAACCUAGCAAACCAGCAGCAGUCUUUGCCGGCGGAGCUGCAACGAGGGGUGCGGUCUCAGUCUGUCAGCAGUGGAGGUCUUGUGACCCCAACAUCCCAAAAGCCUCGUUUGUCAACUUCGGAGAACAUUGCCCCGCCCAGACUUGCCCCACCCAGCCAUCGGGCACCUGUGGCCCACCCACACCUGAUUGACCCUUUCCUGGAGGUGAAGGAGUACAUGAUGGAGGCUGAAGACUACUCUCAUGGACUUACAGAGAAAAUUAAUACAUUACCAUAUUCCGGAGAGCCAAUUUGUGGUCUGGAUUCAGAUAUGUUGCUGCUUAAGGCGACGUCAGCAGCCACGCUUCAGUGUCUUGGCCAGUGUCUCACCAUGCUGCAGCAGCGACAGAAACAAAUGAGAAAAGAGGCUUAUGGUAUCACAGCUGGCGGGCAGAGUAGCGUUAGUGCUUCCCUAGACAUGGCCCCCCGUAGGGACAGCCGGACCAAGAGCCUGGCCGAAUCUGUCCACUCCCCGGUGGGCAGCUUCACCUCCGCCUGCGACCUCCCCUUCCUCCUCCCGGAGACCAACCCAGUGGUUGUGGUGGACCACGAUGAGGAAGAGGAGGAUGUAGCAGAGUACAAGGACACAGACCUGGAGGGGGUGGAGGAGCACAAGUCCAUCAUCCUGCAUCUUCUUUCACAGCUCAAACUGGGCAUGGACCUCACAAAGGUUGUGUUGCCAACAUUCAUCCUGGAGCGGCGUUCCCUGCUGGAGCUUUUUGCAGACUGCAUGGCUCACCCAGACGUCUUCCUCAGGAUAACUUGCCUGUCUUCGCCAGAGGAGCGGAUGAUGGCCGUGCUGGAGUGGUACCUAACCUCCUUCCAUGCAGGCAGACAGGGUUCAAUAGCCAAGAAGCCCUACAACCCAAUCAUAGGUGAGACGUUCCACUGCUCCUGGCGAAUCCCACCGGAGCAGAUCGGUGAGACCUCUGGGGAUGGAGGGGAGCCAUAUCUGCUCUCAUACACUGCAGAACAGGUCUCACAUCACCCGCCCGUUUCAGCCUUCUACUUCGAGUGCCCAAAAAAGAGAGUUUGCGUGAAUGCCUCAAUAUGGACCAAGUCCAAGUUUAUGGGCAUGUCCAUCGGAGUGGUCAUGGUGGGCAAAGUUGUAUUGAAGCUGCUGGACUUUGAUGAGGAGUAUGUGUUCAGUCUGCCAAGUGCGUAUGCCCGCUCCAUCCUCACCACGCCUUGGGUCGAGAUGGGCGAUCGCAUCAAUAUGACAUGUCCACAAACCAACUUCUCUGCAGGCAUCAUUUUCCAUACAAAGCCGUUUUAUGGGGGUCGUCUACAUCGGGUGUCAGCGGAGGUCAAAAACGGAAACACAGGAAAUAUCACCUGUAAGGUGCAGGGCGAGUGGAAUUCUAGCUUUGAAUUCACCUACACUAAUGGCAACACAAAGACAGUGAAUGUGGAAGAUAACAAGGUGUGGAGAAAGAGGGUGCGGCCCGUGCAGAAACAGGGCGAUUUUGAGUCACGGAAACUAUGGCAACAUGUUACCUCAGCAUUGAAAGUAGGCGACAUCAACACAGCAACAGAACAUAAGAAAUUUUUGGAGGAGAGGCAAAGGGAGGGAGAAAGACACCGUAAAGACACAAAUACUGCCUUCCCAACCAAGUUCUUCAAGAAGGUUGGUGAUGCCUGGCUGUACAAGGAUAUGUUGUGAGGAAGUGGACCGUUCUGCGCUGAUGGACAUGGUACCACAGACAUGCUGGACCAACUACUGCUCUUUCUCACCAUCUUCAUGGUUUUAUUUCUAGACAACUGUAAUAUCUUGUGCCUUUUGCUUCUUCUUCUUGUGGGUCUUUUGUAAAACAUAGACAAACUGAUAUGAGAGUGUAACAUCUCUUUCCAAUGUGCGGUAUUCAAGGUUUUUAGCUCGACUAUUCGAAGAAUAGGUGGGCUAUACUACUCGCCCCAGCAUCAGCGACAGCGUCGGCGUCCGGUUAAAGUUUUAGGGCAAGUUGGGAUUUUCACUUAUAAGUCCAAUACCCUACAUUCAAUUGACUUAAUACUUCACACAGUUGUUCAGGACCAUCACAUGAUGAGGUUAGAUACCUCCAUAUUAUUCUUUACACAGAUUAUGGCCCCUGAUUGACUAUGGAACUUAGGUUAAAGUUUUAGGGCAGGUUGGGAUAUUUAUUGAUAACUUCCAUACCCUUCAUUAUCCUAAAUACAAGUUAUGGCCAUUGAUUGACUUAGGUUAAAGUUUUAAGGCAGGUUUAAGGGCAAGUUGGGAUUUUCACUUAAAACUCCAAUACCAUUCAUUCAAUUGACUUAAUACUUCACACAGAUGUUCAGAGCCAUCACAUAAUGAGGUUAGAUAACUCCGUAUUAUCUUUUAUACAAAUUAUGGCCCCUGAUUGACUUUGGAACUAAGGUUAAAGUUUAAGGGCAGGUUGGGAUAUUGUUUAAUAACUUCUAUACCCUUCAUUCGAUUGACUUAAUACUUCACACAAUUGUUCAGGACCAUCACUCAAUGAGGUUACAUAACUCCAUAUCCUUAAUACAAGUUAUGGCCCCUGAUUGACUUAGGUUAAAGUUUUAGGCAAGUAAAAGUUAAGGGCAAGUUGGGAUUUUAAUGAAAAAACAUUUUUAUAUAUCGUUCAUUAAAUGCACUUAAUAAAAUUCAAAAUUAUUUACGACCAUCUUACAACAAGAAACAUAACUCCGUUUUAAGCCUAAAUACAAAUUAUGGCCCUUGAUUUUUUUUUUUCUGAUUUUUUUCUUAUUUUCUUUGAAAGGCAUUUUGUAUAUAUUCUUAACCACAUUUUCAUAAUGGGAAAUCAAGUUAUUUGAAUGACUUGCGUCAUUGUUUGAGCGGGCUGGUGGGAGGGCAGCAUCAAAGUCACCUAAUGUAUUGAAUAAUUUUAGUUAGGUUUGACAUAAAGAGACCAAACUUGGUAUUAUUACAUCGUUAUUGUAUUCUAAGUCAAAGCGGCGUAGUCGAGCGCGCUGUCUUACGACGGCUCUUGUUUUAAGGAGUACUAGGGACCGGUAGGCGGUAAAUUGGCAUCGUUCAGUAUACUUCAAAUUUUAUUUGUUAAAGUUUUUAUUUGUUAAGUAAAUCUGUAGGUAAUGUAUGAAUAUUUGAUAUGCAAUGGGAAGUUGCGUUACACCUCUCUGAUAGGUAUUGAGUGAUUCAGAUGUCAGAUUCAAUGACAGAUAAUAAACAUUUUUGUGUUCACUGUGUAGGGAUCAUCUUGUACAGGGCUGGUAGCGCUACAACACAUUUUCAUUUCCAGUCUCUUACAGAGACAUUUCUUCUCAAAUUUUACAAAACUUAGGAGCACUGCUUAUUAGCAUAAUAACUCAACUGAGUUCAAUUACCAGUCUGAUUUACCAGUCUGAUCGCCAUUGUUGCUUAUGCUGUGUUUUCAUUUAUGACCUCUUAAUGAUGUGCAUUCCCAACAGGAGACACAUCACAUAAGCGAAAUUCUAGUUUUGGUUUUACCAGCUUUUUUAUCUUCAUCCAUUCGAACUAACAUAUCUUAGAUGUACAAUGCAUACAGAAUGAAAUUUUUAAAUAUUCAUGUCAUAGAGUGCUCCAUUCUUUAUCAUUAUUACCUUAAAUACUGCACACUUGCAAUCAACACAUGCAAUUGAUCUUGCUAGCUUAGCUUUUUAGCUCACCUUAGCACAAAGUGCUCAGCAUGAACUAUUGUGAUCAUCAAUAUUUUCCUUCAAUUUAAACCACUGGGACAAUUUUAACCACACUUUAAAGGAAUGUUCCUUGGGUGGUCCUAUUCUAGAUCCCUUUAAGUGGUUCCAUGGUGAACAUUGCUAGCCAUUCCAAUGAAUAGGAAAAACUUCGAAAAUCUUCAAAGAAACUGCUGGCCGAGAUUCCAAAUAUAUUUACAGAAGUGUUCCUUAGAUGAUUCUGUAUCAAAUCUUGACCCCAUGUUAAUUUGUAAAAAAAUUGAAAGGACUGGCAGGGGUAGGGCUACUUUUUUACUACAUGUAUAUGAAAAAAAAAUGAAAAUCUUUUCCUCUGAGUUUGCUGACACGAUUUUAAAAUAAGUUCACGGAAAUGUUCCUUAGGUGACCUUUUAUCAAAUUCUUUCACCCCCAUUCGGAACCCUUGGCAAUUUUCCAUCGAAAACAACGUCGGAUGUUAUGGACAGUGUACAAUGUCAUCUUUACAUUUAACUAACUGCAAGUAGAUGGCGUAGUAAUUUGAAUUUAGCAGAUAAACUUUAUGACUUUACUUUUGGAAAUCUUCCAACUUCAUUAAGUGAUUAACAUAAAAACAAUGUGCUCCUUUGUGGCAAGUUAUAUAACUCCCAACUUAUUUUUUUAAGAGUUAUGGCCCUUUUGUAACAUUUUAAACAAAUACAUAUGUUUCAUGUUUUUUUAUACGCCUGUUUAAAAGACUGGACAUAUUAUGGUUUCAUCUGGGGCAUACAGGUGCGAGGCGUCCAGUAUUUUGUCUAAUCAAAGACAUCUUGGCACUCUUGUUUCUAUUUGUAAGUAAUAAGAAAUGCAUUUGACUAAGGAUAUCAUUUCUAUGUUUAGCGUCUUCGGACAGAUUUUGGGCUUCCUGUUCGAAAAAAACUACAUAUUUUAAAUUACUGAAUGCAAGUUUUAUUUGAACUCUGCAGUGGUAAUCAAUCUAACAAUCGUUUAGUAUUCAGGGUUUUUUCUGGGUUUUGUUUGUUUUUAGAUAGGUUUUUCGUACUUAGGGUUGACGCUAAACAUAUUUUUUUUUUUAGUAUGGCUUAAGUACACAACUUCAGAAAAAGUAUUCAUGAAGGACAUUCACUAUCAAUUCACUCCGUUGUGAUUUAUAGUUGCAACUGUUACUAUAUUUUCAUAAUUAUUAUAAAUAUUAUUAAUUAUUUAUACUCAAUUUAUGUUAGUGGAGAUGUUUUAUGUCAAAAUAUGAAAUAUAUUCAGACAUCUAUUACUUUGUGAAUUUUAAAUUAUUCUCAUUAUUCACGUUCUAUGAUAUGUGCAAUAAAAGAUUACCUUAUC